CUUCAAUUGCUUUCGUACCUCCCAGCUCAACAAUUUCAAACUUUACAAGUUACCGAACGAUAAUUGCGCAGGCGUUCUUUCUCGAUGCCAUGAUUCUCCGAUUGAACAAAAGGGCCAAUUACCGAUUUAUCCCUCAUAUACUCAAUGCAAACUCCAUCAAAACAACGACUUUUCAGAAAGAAAAGAAGAAAAAAAGAACUAAAAUUCGACCGUGGCGAAGGGUGCUGAUGCAUGCAGGUCUCGUGGCGAUAUACUUAUGUUAUUCCGUGUCCAGUAGAUGGCUAGCAAAGGGUCAUAUGCACAGUACUGAAGACCCAAUCCCACGAAAUCAUCACAUGGCAUGGCUAGAACGUCCCGAAGCCAGGAACGAAGCUGAGAGCGGACCGCGGGACGUAGCGGGGACAGAAGAAGAAAAAAAGAAGGAGGGGCAUAUAACACGGGAAGAGGGUGAAAAUCGAACAUCACCAAGGGCUCCAUCUUAACCAUGAAGACUCAGAAACCUCGCGCUGCUGAUGGAGUCGACCUGAAAUGGCUAGAUGGCAAAGCCCCCUCGACAACUCCCAGUGGUACCGCGUUUGGUGUGCCGUGGGCUCAGGGAGAAGUGGACAGGACCUCUCCCAUUGCUGUAUUGUCUGGAGGGUCCAGUGUACCAGUGCAAACGUGGCCUUUAGCCUUCUGGCCUGAUGGAACCCUCAAAUGGAGUGGACACGCACUACAAACAGACAGUGGUUUAUCGGACAGUCUUACGCUCUCAGUAGGUACACCUGCAGAGCCUCAAAACCCAGUGUCAGUACAACAAUCGAGUGAGGGUGUUACUGUCACCACGGGACCCUUCACAGCUAAAUUCAAUAACGGUGGAACGACACUCGUCAGCUCAUUGGAACUUCAAGGUAAAUCACACGUGCAAAACGGUGUCCUCGAGCUUCUCCUUCAAGAUGGCCCCGACCAGGGAGAAGUGCCAGGACCCCGCCCAACUGUGUCAUCGUUUCAGGGCAGAGUAGAUUCAGUUACGGUGGAACAAAAGGGUCCAGUUCGUGCAGUCAUAAAGGCGACUGGCAAAUAUAGCGGAGCCGGGCACGACGAUUUCCUGCCUUUCGUCGUGAGAUUUUACAUCUCUGCAGGUGCAACGUCACUUCGUAUGGUCCAUUUCUUUAUAUACGAUGGCGACCAAAACAAAGAUUUCAUCAAGGGAAUCGGCUUGACGUUCACAACUCCCCUCUCUGAUAAGCCUUGGGAUCGUCACAUUAGGUUUGUGACUACCGAAGGAGGGAUCUGGGGAGAACCAGUGGUUGUCCUUUCUGGGCUCCGACGGGAUGCAACUGCAGUAGUUCUGGAUCCCCAGUUCGAAGGGGAAGCCGUUCCUGAUAUCAGCGAAUGGCCGACUUCAGUAUCGUCGGAAGUUGAUCAGCUUGCUGUCUGGUCAGAUUAUACAUUGGACCAGUUGUCGUCCUCCAACUUCUCCAUCUCUAAAAGGACGAAUGCAGGAAGUAAAGCCUCCUUUAUCCCCCAUGCCGGUUUCGGAAAACGAGCUGCUGGACUGGGUUAUGUGGGAGGAGCGACUGGAGGGGGUGUUGUAUUUGGUUUGAAAGAUUUCUGGGAAGCCUUUCCAAGGGGGUUGGACAUUCGUGGUGCUCAUAACGAUAAUGCGACUGUCACGUUAUGGGCAUACAAUCCGAGGGGACCUGUACUCGAUAUGCGUCACUACGACACGGUACCUCACGGACUCGAUCUUUCCUACGAAGAUGUCGGUGAUCCUGAUCCUGACCCAACUGGAAUUGGAAGAUCCUAUGAGGUAUCGAUUCAAGUGGUACCAGCUACUCCUUCACGUAGUACGCUCGCGCAGCUUGCAGCCGUUCAUACCCAGACCCCUCAAAUUGUUGCAAGCCCCCAAUUCUACGCGUCUCACAAACUCUUUGGCGGUCGAUGGGAUGUCCCGAAUGCGUCAAGAGCCACCGAUAUUGAGAAGCGAAAGAGUAAUUUGUUGGAUUUCUACGUUGCCGAAAUUGACCAACGCAAUUUCUAUGGAUUUUGGAACUACGGCGACGUCAUGCACACCUAUGAUCAAACUCGCCAUACCUGGAGAUACGACAUCGGUGGUUUCGCUUGGGACAAUGGGGAACUCGGCACUGACUUGUGGCUUUGGAUGUCGUUUUUACGAACUGGACGAGCGGACGUGUUCCGGCUUGCAUCCGCGAUGACGAGGCACUUGUCAGAAACUGAUUUCCACCAUACCGGUCCGUACGCUGGACUUGGUUCGCGACACAACGUAUCCCAUUGGGGAGAUGGCGCUAAGGAAGCUCGUGUUGGGGCUGCUGCUUUGAAGAGACCUUUCUAUUAUCUUACCACGGAUGAGCUUAUGGGCGAUGUAAUGGAUUUUGCCCUUCAAGCUGGCGACACUAUCAUGAACUGGGACCCCCUCAGGAAGGCUUUACCUCGCGAUCACCCGAAUCCUAAUGCACCAGGAAGGUUACGUAUCGGACCUGACUGGGUGACUUUGGCUGGAAAUUGGUUCACAAAGUGGGAGCGUACGAACGACUCGCAGUGGUUGAAUAAGAUCAAAGUUGGCAUGAAAGACAUCGGUUCCUUCCAAUUCGGGCUGUUCACUGGUAAUGGGGCUGCAGUCGGAUGGAAUGCAGCAACUGGCCAUAUGUUUGAUGAAGGUGAAUCGGGAAGUGGCUCGUAUCACCUUACAAUGCUCUUUGGCGGAGGAGAACUACUCAUGGAAGCCAUGGACAUCAUUACAGAUGAACCGGAAUUCGAUGCUGCUUGGAUAGACUUCUGCAGACUGUAUAAUGGGACCAAUGCACAGAAAACCGAACGAUACGGCAAAGCAUUCAACAGUGGAGGGUUUAACAAUGUAGGCAUUCGUUUUCGCAGAAACACAACCAACGUGAUAAAUUUCUCCCCCUUCCACAGCUCUAUGCCAAGUUACAGGCUUAUGCUGGUGAACGUCUCAAUGAUAACUCGUUGAAGCAGGGGGCAUGGGAUAACAUCAAUAACGGGGAACCUAACGUUGCCAUCCCUGUCCAGAAAGUCGGCGGAACAGAUGUUGUCAAUCCUAUCAACGAGAUUCCUAAUAUCAACACGAACGAUGCGGCAUCGUUUUCUUUGGCUGAAUACGCAGUUCUCGCAAUCGCUCCGGAAUUGGCUCCCGCUCAGCGUAUUAGUGGGCACAAGGAUGGUCAAGAUCAACAGUCCGACUCUCUGACACUCUGUGGCUCCGUGGAGGUCAAGUCUGCGGUAGAUGAGGGUACCUCCGGCGGAAACCGCAACUCAACUGCAACGCGAUGGUCGAAGUGGUUAUGUUUGACUUAACUCAUGUAGCAGUCGUGUAGAUAAGAACGUUAAUAUUCAAGGCGUACACGACG